GAGCACGGCAGACAUGGCGGCGGGCGGAGGGGAGGGGAGCGCUGCGGUGCGGCGCCGGUGGCGGAAACACCAACAAAUGGAACACAAAUUGACUUAAGCCUGCAGAAGGCUGGUGAUACUUGAAAAGAGGGUAGGCAAAAUUGGGCAAGUCUAGGAGCUGUGCUGUGUGUUUUCUGUCUGACCUGGUGGGAGCACAUUUUGGAGCAUGUUUGCUACUUAGCAGGGGACUGAAAUUCAGGCACGAGAGGCUGUAAACUCCAGGAGUGAAUAUGGGUGAGAAGAAGCCAGAACCUCUGGACUUUGUGAAGGACUUCCAGGAGUAUCUCACGCAGCAGACCCACCAUGUGAAUAUGAUUUCUGGAUCAGUCAGCGGAGACAAGGAGGCAGAGCCUCUUCAGGGAGCUGGGACAGAAGGUGAUCAGAAUGGUCUGGAUCAUCCUUCUGUUGAAGUCUCACUGGAUGAAAACUCAGGAAUGCUAGUGGAUGGGUUUGAAAGGACCUUCGAUGGGAAGCUGAAGUGUCGGUACUGCAACUAUGCCAGCAAAGGGACAGCACGGCUGAUAGAGCACAUCAGAAUCCACACAGGUGAGAAGCCACACAGAUGCCACUUGUGCCCCUUUGCCUCAGCUUAUGAACGUCACCUGGAGGCCCACAUGCGCUCCCACACGGGCGAGAAGCCCUACAAGUGCGAGCUGUGCUCCUUCCGCUGCAGCGACAGGAGCAACUUGUCUCACCACCGCCGCCGCAAGCACAAGAUGGUGCCCGCCAAGGGCACGAGGGCUUCCCUCAGCAGCAAGAAGAUGUGGGGCGUGUUGCAGAAGAAGACCAGCAACUUGAGCUACAGCAGGAGGGCGUUAAUUAACUUGAGCCCACCUUCCAUGGUGGUUCAGAAGCCAGACUACCUGAACGACUUCACUCACGAGAUCCCCAGUAUCCAGCCCGAGGCGUACGACAGCAUGGGCAAGCCGGCCCAGAGCAGCGGGCUGCCGAGGGACACGCAGGACCUCAUGGUGGAUAACCCUCUCAACCAGCUCUCUACCCUGGCUGGACAGUUGUCUAGCUUGCCCCCCGAAACCCAAACCCCAGCCUCUCCCGACGCCGUGUCCUGCCAAGAUGAGAAGCCUUUCAUGAUCCAGCAGCCCGCGGCGCCCGCCGUGGUCUCGGCCGUGUCAGCGAGCGUGCCCCAGAGCUCCUCUCCCACCAGCCCCGACCCGCGGCCCGCGCACAGCCAGAGGAACUACAGCCCCGUGGCAGGCCCCAGCAGCGACCGCAGCGCCCACACCAGCACACCCAGCAUCAGCAACAGUCAGCCCAGCACUCCGGCUCCCACCCUCCCGGUGCAGGACCCUCAGCUCCUGCAUCACUGCCAGCACUGUGACAUGUACUUUGCAGACAACAUCCUCUACACUAUCCACAUGGGCUGCCACGGCUUUGAGAAUCCUUUCCAGUGCAACAUCUGUGGGUGCAAGUGUAAGAACAAGUACGACUUUGCUUGCCACUUUGCAAGAGGCCAACACAGUCAGCACUGACUGAGGAGCUGCUGCUGGGUAGUUUUUUAAUGUAUUACAGUAUAUUUUUCAUACUUGCUGGAGGAAAGCUUGCACAUUCCCCUGAGGAGCCUUUCACAUCCACCACUUCGACAUAGGAAAUGAAUUUAUGUUGUGGUAAAACUUGCCAGGGAAUUUUUAUCUGAGGUGUGGUUGCUCUUUUAUGUGUAGCCUUGCAAAGAAGCCGAGAGCCUGGUCUGAGGGUUGGAAAACCUUCAGCUGCUCUGGCUGCUUGAUCUAAGAUGCUUGCUCUUAAUCCCAGCACACCUUCUGCAACUGCAGAGGCAGAGCUUGUGUCCUGAAACACAGGGUGCAAUUAUCAGACUGUUUACUGGGCAAGACAAAGCAUAUUCACCAUAAAGUAGGAAAGGUUAAUGCAAAGGUUGAGCGUGGAGGCAUGCUUAUCCCUACAGACCUAGCUGGAAAAACUGGAAAACCAAACACAAGCAGCUUUGAUUUACCAAUUCCAUUUGCUGUAAACCUUGCUGUUCCCUGCUGAAGGUUAAUGAGAUGGUUUUGCUUGGGAUAGUCUGAGCUGUUCUUGCUAGGGCUUGAACACCAAGUUGCUGUUUCUAGAGCUCACCCCAGAACUAGAAGGUAACAGGUGACAGUGAAUGAAACUUGGGUGGGAGAAGAGUUAAGAGCUUUGCCAUUCACUACUUACAUGUGACACAACUUAAACCACACUUAUCGACCUGUCACAGCUCACUCUUGCUAAGAGGAGGGCACAGUAGAGAGCUUGUAGAACUAAUAGACAUUCUGUGAGAGUUUUACCUGCCUUUAACUUGUCCAGCUGUUUGAAAUUUGCACAGUUAGGCUUCUUUCUUCUGGCAGAAGUUCUAGCAGGGACAAACAGGUGGCUUACAAAUGCACUGUCAGUUCAGUUUCCUCUGGGGCCAAGCCACAGCUGACAGGCUGCACGUUGUGUGAUCCGGCGCAUCGUCAGCUUCAGCCCUCUUUGACAGCUGCUUCGCCUUGCCCCCUCCCCCAGAUUCCUUGUCCUUUGGGUGUGCUAGAAAUAAGGGGCAGGGCACCUGGGCUGUCUGAGCUGUGGGGGGCUGGCAGAGGGGUACCGGCGUGGGCAGUUGCAGGUAGCAGACGGUGACUGAAGAUGUACACAGAGUCCCUUGCGCUUGUCUGCUCUUUUGAUGCUGCUCAGCUGGCUUCAGAAGCACCUAGGCUGAGGGACAGGCACUUUAACAGGAACCUCAAUAAAACACCCCAGCAAAAUGAAUAAAGGCUCUUGAUGUGCUCCAUAGGAACUGGUAAUGUGAAGAGCUGCUGCUUUGCCUGUACUUGGACAUGCACUUUUGCCUCGGUUUGGCUUACUCUAGACAAAUUCAAGCUUCCCUUAGGUACUCCCCUUUUACUACCAGCAAAAUGCAACAGCAGAUGGAUUUGUUAAAAGCAGGAAGAUUUGGUCCAUGCUCUGCCAGUCAAAGGCUGGAAUCUAAACAGCAAACGUUUGGCUUACUCAGAUUUCUGUGGUUGUGGGAAGAUCAGAGUGACUGCAGUGUGAGGUCAAGGCAGGGUGGAAACACCCUGCUGAGAAGUGUAGCUUUAGAGGGAGCCUGAAUGAUUUGGAAAUUUGGGAGCCAAGUGUGUUUCUUCUGCUCUGGCUUCUAGCUGCUGUUGGAUUUUCCCCUGCUUCUCUGGGCAGCAUGAUAGAUGUCCCUGCUUACUGUGGGAGGGCUUGUCCUGGAUGACCCUUAAAGGUCCUUUCCUACCCAGUGCGCUCUCUGAUUUAUGAAGCAACCAGCUGAAGAAACUGCAUUUCUGGCUGCACACAGCCUUGUAGUAAUGAGAACAGAGAUGUGCCACUGGAGCAUUUCUAGUCUGGUGAAGGUGAAUGAUAACAAUCCCUCCUAGCAACAGGUUUGGGCCCAGGCCUUGUUCCAAAUCCAUUGCAGUGGGUUUGUAAACCAGAAUGCAAUUCCCACUCUUCACCAUGCCCUUUAGAACUCCAGAACAGCUCCUUGUUGCUUUAUACUUUUAUUUUAUAAGCAAACCCCUGCAACUCUGUGUGUAUCCAGAGCCCUUUAUUUUAGGACUGGAAGUUGACCGAAGUGGAACCCAGCAGGAAGUUACUGCUCCUCUGCAGGGUUUGCCACAUGACUCUUCUAACCCCAGAUGAGUACAGCAAGGGGAGCUCUCUCUUGAGCCUCUGUUGACACAUUCUAAAACCUGACUUUGGCCAAAACACAGCGUUGAACAGCAGGAGCCACUGCUGAAGGCUGUGACCAUUACUAAGUCGUAGAGGUCUCUUGCCUUGCCUCUUGAUAGAGGACCCCAACUUCUAUUCUGAGCCUCUGUUGACUGCAAGGAAACUUUUGAGCUGGUUGCUCCAGGGAUCACCUUGCAGUGCUGUAUGGUACAGUCACACAGCCAGGUUCUCCUUGGCCUCUGGUCCCAACCUUUCUCUCUCUUGGUACCAGUAGGGAGAUCAGUGUGAAGCUGGAGAUGUUGUCCUUCCAUUUCUGCAGACUUCACUGUCAGUGCCUGUAAACGUUACAGACUGUGCCAGCUCAUGGGCUGGCAGUUCAGAACAACAGCCUCUGAACCACUGUGCCCCUGAGUGAAGCUUUAGGUAGGAGAAGAGUUAGGUCACUACUGGAGGUAGCAAGAGGAAGCCUGCAUGAUCUUACUGGACAGGGGCCCUCAGCUAGGGGGGGAAUCCUCUGUUGCUGGGGAGGGAAUGUUCUUAAUGGUAGAACUCUGUGAAAAAAAUCAUCUACCCCCAACUUGUGCAGAGUGUUGUUUAGAACUGUUUUAGGCCUGCUGACAGGGAGUUGUCUCUCCUUCCAAGCACCCAGGGAAGAGAAAACUCGAUGUCUAUCAAGUGCUGAGCAGUGCUCAAGAGAUCUUCCCCUCUUUUCUUGAGCCAGCUCACGUUUGCUGGGGUAGUUCUUAGGUAGCAGCAGGCUUUGGUGUCCAUCCCUUGGUUCUGCAGGCAGACUGUGAAGUGGGUCCCUGCUGACAGCCCAGCACUACCCUGAGGGUCACUCUCUGGACAAGGAUCCUUCAUUUUUCACCUAGAGGCUGUGUGUUCAGUUGUGCCAAGGAGUGCCCUGAGCCUGCUCUGGUUUUAUGCCUGCUGAGCAGGUUUGCAGGUGUAUUUCCAGGGUAGCUUUGCACCCUCUGCUACACAACAGUCACUGGCACAUGGAAACCACCGGCAGUGCUGCCAGAUUGGCUCAGAUGCUGAUGGUGCCCUUGCACAAGCAGGCCUUGGAGUCCAGCAGGGCCACUUGGCAGGGUGGAGCCCUCAGCCAGGAGGACUUUUCCAGGUGCUACACUGCACUAACUCCUGUGUUCUGGAACCCUCUAGGCCUCUGCAUGUUGAGACAGUGAUGAGCAUUCUCACUUGCAUUAACAGGAGAGCUUGGGAGUGAGCUGAACUUCCUCCCUACUUCACUCUGCUGGCUUCUGUAGUUGCAGAACAUGAACUUGGUGAGGGUUUUGGUUUUCUUGCUCUGGAUGGUCUGAUAGGUGUGUUGGCAUUUUUGACUCCUAAUCCAGACUGGCUGAGGCUGAGUAGUGCAGUGGACAGAAGAUGACAGCAGAUGCCCUGGGUUCAUUCUUAACCUCACUGUGAUGCAGCUAGUAAGGAGGCAGUGUCUCACAGACACAAGUUGAGAUGGAGAAGAGUUGGACAGAAGCCAUUGGCAUUUCCAGAUGAACUCAAGUGCUGGAGGACACCUUCCAGCAGUGUUUCCUAGCAAAAGGGCCUGUCUCUGUUUUGUCUGGGGAGGGAGGUUUGCUCCUCUGUGUUCUGGUUCUUCCUGACCAAGGCAAUGUAAUUCGGAGUCUCCCCUGGCAAGUUUUCUCCUGAUUUUAAGCUUCUUUGAAGACCUACAGCAAAUGGAUGUCCUGCUGCAGGAAAUCUAUCCCUGCUGAAGCGUUUUCCUUUGAGCAGUCUUGGUGUGUGUGCUUCAGAGUUCCUGCUUUGGUCAUCCUCUGUAUUCCAGUGUAAAGAGCAUAUUUUGUACACAAAGCCUGGAACCUGUUAGAGCUGUACAAGGACUUUAACCUGUAGUGACUGUUCUCAGCUGGCAGGUGAACUCUGGCAGAACUCGACUCUCUCCAGUGCAGUCCAUGUUGUGAAGCUUUGCUUUUGUAAGACAUGAAUAAAGUAACACUUUCUAACGAA